GGGCCACGUGACAAGCCCGGAGACAGCUCCGCCCCCCGCUUCCUGAGCCUCCACAUCCCGGCCGCCCUCCUACUUGCGCACGUGGUUCCGCCGCUGCUGCCUCCCGCUCGCCCUGAACCUAGUACCUGCAGCCAUGGCUCCCGGCCACCUCGCCUUAUUUAGUGUCUCUGACAAAACUGGCCUUGUGGAAUUUGCAAGAAACCUGACCGCUCUUGGUUUGAAUCUGGUCGCUUCCGGAGGGACUGCAAAAGCUCUCAGGGAUGCUGGUCUGGCAGUCAGAGAUGUCUCUGAGUUGACAGGAUUUCCCGAAAUGUUGGGGGGACGUGUGAAAACUUUGCAUCCUGCAGUCCAUGCUGGAAUCCUGGCUCGUAAUAUUCCAGAAGAUAAUGCUGACAUGGCCAGACUUGAUUUCAAUCUUAUAAGAGUUGUUGCCUGCAAUCUCUAUCCCUUUGUGAAGACAGUGGCUUCUCCAGGUGUAACUGUUGAGGAGGCUGUGGAGCAAAUUGACAUUGGUGGAGUAACCUUACUGAGAGCUGCAGCCAAAAACCACGCUCGAGUGACAGUGGUGUGUGAACCAGAGGACUAUGUGGUGGUGUCCACGGAGAUGAAGAGCUCCGAGAUUAAGGACACCUCCUUGGAGACUAGACGCCAGUUAGCCUUGAAGGCAUUCACUCAUACGGCACAAUAUGAUGAAGCAAUUUCAGAUUAUUUCAGGAAACAGUACAGCAAAGGCAUAUCUCAGAUGCCCUUGCGGUAUGGAAUGAACCCUCAUCAGACCCCUGCCCAGCUGUACACACUGAAGCCCAAGCUUCCCAUCACAGUUCUAAAUGGAGCCCCUGGAUUUAUAAACUUAUGCGAUGCUUUGAACGCCUGGCAGCUGGUGAAGGAACUCAAGGAGGCGUUAGGUAUUCCAGCCGCUGCCUCUUUCAAACAUGUCAGCCCAGCAGGUGCUGCUGUUGGAAUUCCACUCAGUGAAGAUGAGGCCAAAGUCUGCAUGGUUUAUGAUCUCUAUAAAACCCUCACACCUAUCUCAGCGGCAUAUGCAAGAGCAAGAGGGGCUGAUAGGAUGUCUUCAUUUGGUGAUUUUGUUGCAUUGUCCGAUGUUUGUGAUGUACCAACUGCAAAAAUUAUUUCCAGAGAAGUAUCUGAUGGUAUAAUUGCCCCAGGAUAUGAAGAAGAAGCCUUGACAAUACUUUCCAAAAAGAAAAAUGGAAACUAUUGUGUCCUUCAGAUGGACCAGUCUUACAAACCAGAUGAAAAUGAAGUUCGAACUCUCUUUGGUCUUCAUUUAAGCCAGAAGAGAAAUAAUGGUGUCGUCGACAAGUCAUUAUUUAGCAAUGUUGUUACCAAGAAUAAAGAUUUGCCAGAGUCUGCCCUCCGAGACCUCAUUGUAGCCACCAUUGCUGUCAAGUACACUCAGUCUAACUCUGUGUGCUAUGCCAAGAACGGGCAGGUUAUCGGCAUUGGAGCAGGACAGCAGUCUCGUAUACACUGCACUCGCCUUGCAGGAGAUAAGGCAAACUAUUGGUGGCUUAGACACCAUCCACAAGUGCUUUCGAUGAAGUUUAAAACAGGAGUGAAGAGAGCAGAAAUCUCCAAUGCCAUCGAUCAGUACGUGACUGGAACCAUUGGCGAGGAUGAAGAUUUGAUAAAGUGGGAGGCACUAUUUGAGGAAGUCCCUGAGUUACUCACUGAGGCAGAGAAGAAGGAAUGGGUUGAGAAACUGACUGAAGUUUCUAUCAGCUCUGAUGCCUUCUUCCCUUUCCGAGAUAAUGUAGACAGAGCUAAAAGGGAAUGGAACUGUGAAGUCGUAUGGUGACUGUUUAACGUUUUGAAGAGCUGCCAGGCUGUUUCCCACAGCAGCCGCACUGUUUUACAUUUCCACCAGCAAUGAAUGAGGGUUCCAGUUCCUCCACCAUCGCCGUACAUUUUUGAGUAAAAAAUAGCUUUCCAGCACUUGGCUCAGCAUCUUACAUCUGAAGCUGAAUUACAGAGAUGGGCAGGUUUCAUUGUAAAGUCUUGUCCAGCAGUCUCCUGGCAAAGGCAGUGCUUCAUUCUAGAAUGAAAUGGCCAUUUACAAUAUACCAAGCUGCAAAGGGCUCAAUGGGAGACUCCUUGGCCUUUGAUGUAUUUUGCCUAAGGGAGCCUGCUCUGCUGGGUAGCUUCAGGGCAGUUGAUGCCAAGGCCCAGUCCAUCACCCUGGGCUGGCUGCCUUGUACAGCUUCAACCAAUGCUAGUUUCAGUCCUUUGGGGGCUCCACACGAGCUGUUUUGGAGAUAAAUUUGGCUCCUGAGAUUGUUAAAACCUGUAUGUCUCUAAAGAGUAAGUAAAAAGGAAUUCAAGGAAAUGUAAAACAUGCUUUAAUAUCUCAUACCUGACUCUGCUGAGGAAUGUUAAAAAAGGAAUUUCCCGUUUGGGACUUUCAGCUGAAGCCCUGUUUCUCUUGCUCUUUUACUACAUAUUUUCUUCUCUUCAUUUGUAAUUUAUAUAGGUUUCUGUUUGCAGUUCAAAUUGAAUCUUUUAUUUUAAUGAGGAUAUGGAGUGAGACGAUGUGAUAAUGAAAACAACGUGCAUUUCAAGUAUAAGUGCCAUAUAUUUUUGAAAAAACUUUCUUAGUUUCUGCAAGGUCAUCUUUGUGUUUCUUCUGCUUUAUCAGCCUUAAUGGUAAUCUUUAAAUGUUUCCAAACAUGGGAAGUCCCAACAGCGGUCUUUUCUUUUUUUUUUUCUUGAGAGUUGAAUUGUCUCCCUUGAAAAUGGGAUUUUUAAAUUGUAACCUGCCACAUUCCCUACCACAGUAAUGGGAACUUACUAAAUAGGAAGUAAUUUCAGCACUUAAACGUGCUGAUGUGAUGUUUCUUAAUCACUUUAAUGAGUUUCAUACCACCAAACCACUAGAAAUGGAAUAGAAGUUUCAAUGGAAAUAUAAUUAAAUAGAAAAGUCAUUUCCUGUACUUUUAAUUUCCCCCUGAUGAUUUCUUUAUUCACCUCCAUAGAAAGGGUGCCCUACAGGUGUAUAGCGAUGUUAUUAUACAGACUUAUUUGCAUAAUUCACUUAGAUUAUUAGAGCUGAAAACAAUAUAAAACGUAACAAUACGUUUUAUUACAAAUCAAGUGUAGCAAGGCAAUGUAAAACUUUAAAACGAUGAUAUUUCUUUUUAAAGUCUGAUUAAUAUUUACUAGUUUUACCUAAUUUUUCUUGAAUUGUUGAUUUCUUGCCUAAAUAUAGAUUUUUCUUUUAGUAAUGCCUUUUCAGUCUUGCCUGCUUAAAACAGUUCUUGGGGGAAGUAAUAACCAGAAUCAAUAAAAACGGCAAAAGAUCUUUGGAAAUAGUUGGUUCUCCUGUUUGAGAUCAGGAGUAAACAAACUGUUUAAGCUGGGAGCUUAUCAAGCCAUGCUAAAAGUGUCAGCUGACACAAAGUAAGACACGUUAGAUUGGGGUUAUCAUACUAUGGGGUUUUCCCAAGACAAAACUCUAUACUACACUAUUUGCUGAGAAAUAGUCAGUACAAAAGAAAGUUUUAUUAUUCUUGCAUUGUGAUGCUAAAAGAAAAGACCAUGUAAAUGUGUUUAAUUUGCUAUUCGUUUACUUCAUAAAUUUAAUGUAUUACUUUGGAGAAUCCAACAGACAUUUUGGAAAAGGUGGCAUUUUUCCUGACCUUAAGUGGGGAACUUGAGGUUUUUUACAUUUCAACAUAAAAGUAAAGGGGCUUGCUAUCCAUUUAGUUAAUACAGUCCAACUGUAUUUGCCUAAACUGCAUUUUUUUUUUAUUUUUAUUUUUGAGACGAAGUCUCACUCUGUCGCCCAGGCUGGAGUGCAAUAGCACAAUCUUGGCUCACUGCAACCUCUGCCUCCUGGGUUCAAACGAUUCUCCUGUCUCAGCCUCCCAAGUUAUGGGGACCACAGGCAUGUGCCACUAUGCCUGGCUAAUUGUUUUAUUUUUUGUAGAGACAGGGGUCUCGCUGUGUUACCCAGACUGGCCUUGAACUCCUGAGUUCAAGCAACCCUCCCACCUCGGCCUCUCAAAGUACUGGGAUUACAGGUGUGAACCAUCAUUCCCGGCCCUUACACUGCAUUUUAGGGUAAAUAUUUUUAGGUUUGUAGUUAGGCAAGUGGUUUGAAGCAUCAUCAGUCUCAACCCAAAGCUGCUCUUUCCUUAUGUUUUUAGAUAUCAAGGCUUUAAGCAAGAUUCAGAUGAAGGGCCUGCUCUACCAGCUCACCUGUGAAUAUGGAGGCAUCAGCUUACUUUUUGCAGCACAUGUGUCUCGGGGUUGUCCCUUCCCACAGUGUGUAGAUUGGCAUCAAGAUGACGUUCUCUUUCCAGGGUGCAGUGAUGACCGACAUAUGUGAGACAGUCAUUUAAUAUCACCUUUAUUUUGUACUUUCUGUGAUUUUUAAAAAACAUGCAGAGCAGCUCUUGGUGACUAUUGGGCUGAUAAAGCUUAAAGAUCAGUAAUAAAUAGAAGUCCAGGGGCUGGGUCUGUAUUUUGCUAAGGAAACCUCAUCUGAGCUUCAUUCCCUGUAAAAUUAAGCUCUAAAACCUCCCUCUAAAUGAGAUAGCUAAAUGUCAGAGCAUUUUAUAAACUGUAAAUCAAUUCAAAUGGGAGUAUUUUUUUUUCAAAUGAACAUGAGGAAGUAUCUUUCUGUAGUUUUAAUAUUCUUUGCCAGGUAUUUAUUGAAAUACCUUCUUUCACUGUACAAUAGUAUAUUUUAAAAGUGCUUUGCAUGUUUUAUUAUGAACUAAUUUUUUACUAAUUAAUAAUUAUUUGCAUUUCCACUAUUUACUAUUCUGAAUGUCACAUGUAUUUAUUUAUUUAUUUAUGUUUUUUGAGAUGGAGUCUUGCUCUGUGCCCCAUGCUGGAGUUCAAUGGCACAAUCUCAGCUCACUGCAACCUCCGCCUUCUGGGUUCAAGCCAUUCUCCUACCUCAGCCUCCUGAGUAGCUGGGACCAAAGGCGCCCACCGCCACGCCUGGUAAUAUUUGUAUUUUUAAUAGAGACAGGGUUUCACCAUGUUGGCCAGGCUGGUCUCAAACUCCUGACCUUGGGUGAUCCACCUGCCUCAGCCUCCCAGAGUGCUGGGAUUAGAGGUGUGAGCCACUGCGCCUGGCCUGAAUGUCAAAUUUAAUCCCAAAGUUUGUUUCCUCAAUGUUAAAUUGAAAAAGAAAUGACCCUUACAGAUCAGGAGUAAACAAACUGUUUAGCUGGGAGUUUAUCAAGCCAUGCUAAAAGUGUCAGCUGACCCAAAGUAAGACAUGUUAGAUGGGGGUUAUCAUACCAUGGGGUUUCCCUAAGAUAAAACUCCUCCAUAUUAUACUAUUCAAAUACUUUUAAUGUCUUAGUCAUUUUUAUUUUCCUUGCAGACAAUCUCUUUGAACAGAGGUUUAUUCAAUAAAGGAAGGAAUGGUGGAGGGAGGAAGGGAAGAAUUACAAUGGUUAGAAAAGAGCAACUAAAGAUUAUUUCUAUUAUACUUCUGAAGGGUAAACUAGCAAUUUUAAUAAAUAUUUGGGUCCACUUAAAUCUAUUAAAGCAGAAAGUGUAAAGCUAUCUCCAUUAGUGAAGAGAUGAAGAAGUGACAAAAAUGAAUCAGUUUUUGUAGCAACUGACUUAGAAAAUCUUGUACUGAAGUCAACAAUUAGACUUGCACAUCAUAGAUUUUCAAAUGUUUGCUGAAUUGAAAAAGAACAUUCACAAGAAUUAUUUCCCCCAAAGGUGUCUUAUAUCAAAUAGAUGAACUUCAAGUUGUGGAAUGUAAAUCUUUUAUUAAAACAGUUGUCGUUCCACAGUAGUAAAGCUUUGGCACAUACAGUAUAAAAAAUAAUCACCCACCAUAAUUAUACCAAAUUCCUCUUAUCAACUGCAUACUAAGUGUUUUCAAUACAAUUUUUUCCGUAGAAAAAUACUGGGAAAAAUUGAUAAAUAACAGGUAAGAGAAAGAUAUUUCUAGGCAAUUACUAGAAUCAUUUGGAAAAAGUGAGUACUGUGGAUAUUUAAAAUAUCACAGUAACAAGAUCAUGCUUGUUCCUACAGUAUUGCGGGCCAGACACUUAAGUGAAAGCAGAAGUGUUUGGGUGACUUUCCUACUUAAAAUUUUGGUCAUAUCAUUUCAAAACAUUUGCAUCUUGGUUGGCUGCAUAUGCUUUCCUAUUGAUCCCAAACCAAAU